GUAGCUUUGGUUUUUGUUUCCUUCCUCUGGUCACUAUGGACACUGGCUUUUCACCCCUGUAGUAACAAUGUUGAAAGCUGAGUCCUCGGGUGAACGCACCACCCUUAGAAGUGCAUCUCCUCACAGGAACGCCUACAGAACGGAGUUCCAGGCGCUGAAGAGCACCUUUGACAAACCCCAGCCCGAUGGGGAGCAGAAGGCCAAGGCGGGCGAGGGUGCCCAGCAGAGCAGGGGGCGGAAGUAUGGCUCCAACGUUAAUAGGAUCAAGAAUCUGUUCAUGCAGAUGGGCAUGGAACCAAGCGAAACCGCAGCCGUGGUGGCCAAGACCAGGGGGAAGGGCGGGCAUGCGUCCCCUCCUAGGAGGCCGAGGCCCCGGGAGUUCCUGGAGAAGGCGGAUGGCUCGGUGGUGCAGCUGGAGUCCUCUGUUUCUGAGCGGAUCAGCAGGUUUGACACCAUGUAUGACGGCCCCUCGUAUUCCAAGUUCACAGAGACUCGGAAGCUGUUCGAGAGGAGUUUGCGAGAGUCGGGACAGAACCACCGCUACUCCCCCAAGAGAGAGAAGGCCGGAGCUGGCGAGCCCCCGGAUGAGUGGGGCGGUGCCAAGUCCAGCAGGGGCAGCACCGACUCCUUGGACAGCCUCAGCCCCCGGACCGAGGCCGUGUCCCCCACCGUGAGCCAACUGAGCGCCGUGUUCGAGGGUGCCGACUCCCCCGGGGCCAGCGCUCCCGAGAAGGCUGAGCACGAGUACUCGGUGACUGGGCACUACCCCUUGAACUUGCCCUCGGUGACGGUUACGAAUCUGGACACCUUCGGGCAUCUGAAGGAUGCGAAUUCUUGGUCCCCUCCGAGCAAGCAGGGAGCUGAAGCCGAGGAGGCUUGGAAGGGUGACACUGUUCCAGCACCCGAAGUGGCUUCUAGGGGCACCUCUCCAGCACCGAUGCCUGGCGAGGAGACCCAGCCGAGCUCGGACGCUGAGGAAGCCACAUCCCGACGUGAGACACCUGGCAGCCCUGACACAGAUGUACCCGGAGGUGCCAGUGCCGAAAACCAGGCAGUGCCAGAGCCUGAGGUUCAUUCCCCACAGAACGAGCCUGAAGAUGCUGACGCUCAUCUGGGUGGGAGCGAGGCAGCCAAGCAGCCGAGGAAGGAACCUUUGGGAGGCGGUUUCGCCUCUCCUGAUGCUUCUGUGUCCAGUUGUGGGAAAGAAGGGCCCGAGGACUCGAGUAACUUUGAGAGUUCCCAUGUGUACCUGCAUGGCGACUCUACUGUGUACAGGGUGAGAUCCAGGUAUAAUGCAGACUGGGCAGAGACUGGCACAGAGCAGGAGGAGGAGGAAGAUAGCGACGAGAACAGCGACUACCAGCCAGAUGUGGAAUACUCUGAGAUUGUUGGCUUGCCUGAGGAAGAAGAGAUCCCAGCCAACAGAAAGAUCAAGUUUAGUAGUGCUCCCAUCAAGGUUUUCAACACAUACUCCAAUGAAGACUAUGACAGGAGGAAUGACGAGGUCGAUCCCGUGGCUGCCUCAGCCGAGUAUGAGCUGGAAAAGCGUGUGGAGAAGUUGGAGCUCUUUCCAGUGGAGCUGGAGAAAGAUGAGGACGGUCUUGGCAUAAGUAUUAUUGGAAUGGGUGUGGGAGCAGACGCUGGGCUUGAAAAGCUGGGAAUAUUUGUCAAGACGGUGACAGAAGGCGGGGCGGCUCAGCGGGACGGCAGAAUACAAGUCAAUGACCAGAUUGUGGAAGUGGAUGGAAUCAGCUUGGUAGGUGUCACUCAGAAUUUUGCAGCAACAGUUCUCAGAAACACCAAGGGCAAUGUCAGGUUCAUCAUCGGCCGGGAGAGGCCUGGCCAGGUGAGCGAGGUAGCCCAGCUGAUCAGGCAGACGCUGGAGCAGGAGCGGCGCCAGCGGGAGCUGCUGGAACAGCACUACAGCCAGUGUGAUGCAGACGACGAUGAGAACACUGUGACUGAGUUGCAAGGAGUGUCUGGCAACUGCAAUAACAAUAACAACUAUUUUCUGAAGACAGGAGAAUAUGCCACAGAUGAGGAGGAGGACGAGGUGGGGCCUGUCCUUCCUGGCGGUGACAUGGCCAUUGAAGUCUUCGAGCUGCCUGACAACGAGGACGUGUUUUCUCCGUCGGACCUGGACACAAGCAAGCUCAGCCACAAGUUCAAGGAGCUGCAAAUCAAGCAUGCAGUUACAGAAGCCGAGAUUCAAAAAUUGAAGGCCAAGCUCCAGGCAGCAGAAAAUGAGAAAGUGAGGUGGGAAAUGGAGAAAACCCAGCUCCAACAGAACAUAGAGGAGAACAAGGAGAGGAUGCUGAAGCUGGAGGGCUACUGGAUUGAGGCGCAGACGCUGUGCCACACGGUGAAUGGGCACCUCAAGGAAACACAAAGCCAGUACCAGGCCCUGGAGAAGAAGUACAACAAGGCCAAAAAGCUCAUCAAGGACUUCCAGCAGAAAGAGCUUGAUUUCAUCAAGAGACAGGAAGCAGAAAGAAAGAAAAUCGAAGACUUGGAGAAAGCUCACGUCCUGGAGGUCCAAGCGCUUCAAGUGCGGAUCAGAGACCUGGAAGCAGAAGUGUUCAGGCUCCUGAAGCAAAACGGGACUCAAGUUAACAACAACAACAACAUCUUUGAGAGAAGAACGUCUCUUGACGAAGUCUCUAAGGGAGAAACCAUGGAGAACUUGGAUGUCAAGCAAACGUCUUGUCCUGAUGGCCUGAGUCAAGACUUGAAUGAAGCCGUCCCUGAGACAGAGCGCCUGGAUUCAAAAGCCCUGAAAAUGCGAGCCCAGCUGAGCGUGAAGAACCGGCGUCAGAGGCCCUCCCGGACCAGGCUAUAUGACAGCGUCAGCUCCACCGACGGGGAGGACAGUCUGGAGCGUAAGCCUUCAGACAGUUUCAGUAACCACAUGCAUGUUACCAAAUCCCUUGCACCCGAGGGUCCGAGAACUUCUUCUCCAGAAUCAGAUUCUGGGGUUCCGUCCCUCACCCCAGUGGCUAGCAAUGUGCCCUUCUCGUCUGACCACGUAGCUGGAUUUCAAGAAACACCUCUGCACCCAGAAAUGGGGUCUUUCUCCUCUGCUUGGGGAGACACUGCACUCGUUUCUUCUUCAAAAUCUGACAGUGUGGAAGACACCGCUUGCCAGCAUCAAGAUACCAACAAGAAAAUAGCACAAGAAAAAGAUGGUGCCACAGGUCCCAAAUCACCAAGGGCUUCCAGUUCGUUGGUGAUGCAAGGAGGAAACAUUAAGCGGAAGUUUGUGGAUCUGGGGGCACCCUUGCGAAGGAAUUCCAACAAGGGAAAGAAAUGGAAAGAAAAGGAAAAAGAAGCCAAUAGGUUUUCUGCAGGUAGCAG